AUGAGCUCUACACACAACGUACCAAACAUCUAUGUUCUUAAUAUGAAAAGGGUUCCCGAGGACCGUUUCGGCUGGACCGAGGCCUUUGAGACAUGGCGUCAACGAAGAGGUGUUCAUGUAAACUGGAAAUUUACUCCUACCGCCUCCAAUCAAUGGACCGCCACAGUAGUCCUUGCAGGACGUACGUUCGACGGCUUAGGUGUAACCAAACAAGAAGCCAAGAACAAUGCCGUGAUAAACAUUGAGAGGGCUAAUAUAUUGUACUAA